UUCUUGGCCGGCCACGCAGUUGAAGUAGCAAGGAGUAGGUUUUGUGCACUCCGCCCGAAGUCUGCCCAUGGCACGGCUCUACCACCUCACCCUCCUCUGGGUCUUCCUCUUCCUGCUCCUCACCGGCCUCGUGGCUGCUGAUCUGUCCAGAGGGAAGAAGGUCGGGAAGAAGGUGACCAUGACCGUGCGGUACCCGGCUGAAGACUCGGGGGAGAAGAUCACGAUCUCGGCGCACCUCGUCGGCGAGGGCGGGGUCGGCGACAGCCACUUCCAUCUCGACAGCGACGACUACGAGCCCAUCGUUUUCGCCGUGAAAAUCCUUGUCUCGGCGGCCCUGGAGAAGGUAGGAGAUCCGCAGGCCUCUCUAUCCAAGAUGUAGCUUCACGGUGCUCAGUGGUGGUUGCAUGCCCAGUCAGUGCACAUUGGAGAUGGAGAUCCUCUUUACUUUCGUCUCAGCGAGAAUGCAUUAGGUUCCUUUUACUAUUUUGCUGUAGUACCGUCUGCAAGUAGCAUUGCCCAUUCGGGGAGCGUAUCCUAUGGGCUAUUAUUAGGAUGUAGCAAUGUGGAAUUGUGCAUGGUGCUGGAGUCUAACUUCAGCUAUGUCUGUGUAUCUUGGUUUCUGUAAUCUUUCGGGUUCGAGGAACAAAAUAGUUCGUUGUUCUUCAAUUUA